AAAAUAUAGGUAUUUGAUAUAUUUGACAGUCCAAGUCCGCUUUUGGCGCUAUUUUAACGAAAAUUUUGUCAGUCAUUUGUCAGUUUGUCUUUUGCGUCGUCAGUCGUGUUAUUUGCUGGUUACUUAUUAAAGUUUAGUUAAGCCUUUGUGGAACAAAUAAGAAACCAUGCCGGUUCAAAAGGAUUUAAAAACACUAUUGAAAUUCACACGUCUUACUGAAAAUGCGUUUGCACCAGUAAAGGGUUCUGAACGUGCUGCUGGGUUUGAUUUAAAAAGUGCCUAUGAAUAUAUAGUACCUGCAAGAGGCAAAGAAUUAGUAAAAACAGAUUUACAAAUUGAACUGCCUCAUGGGUGUUAUGGUAGAGUGGCUCCCAGAUCUGGAUUGGCAGUCAAAAACUUUAUUGAUGUUGGUGCGGGUGUCAUAGAUGAAGAUUACAGAGGAAAUGUUGGUAUAGUGCUAUUCAAUCACUCUGAUCAAGACUUUGUAGUUAAAAAAGGUGAUAGAAUUGCUCAACUAAUUUGUGAAGUAAUUUAUUACCCAGAAUUACUAGAGGUUGAUAGUUUAACCGAAACCAAAAGGGCAAAUGAUGGAUUUGGCUCUACAGGAACCCAAUAAAUAAAACAUCUCUUUAAUGUUAUAAAAUUAUGUAAUUAAGGUUUUUAAUAAAAGUAUCUCAAAAAUC